GAUAGUUGAUGCAAACUUGGUUUGUUGUUGGUAUCCCGCUGGUUUUCUUUGUUUUUCAAUUCUCGGUAGUCACUAUAGUCCGGCUUACGAAAAAUGUCCAUACUCCAUAAUGUGAAAUGUCGCGAAAUCCCCAUUGUGUCCGGUGUCGGUUGAUGUUUGUUGUUGUUGCUAUAUUUUAGUAUUUUAUAUUUUUCAAAAUGUUUCCAUAAUAGCAGAUCUGUGAGAUGCUAAAUUUCUAUUCUUUUUUUAACAUUUAAAUGUUAAUUUAAAAUAGUUUACGAGAAAUAUUAUAACUAAUAUCUAAGGAAAUUUAAUAUUUUGUUGAUAAUUCAUAAUUACAUAUACAAAUAUUCUACGAAAACCUAUUGUUAGUGUUUUAGUAAGACGUGUUCAUACUAAAUCAUUAUAAUGUAUGCAAAUUACCAAAGGCCAUACUUCGACCGUGAGAAUAAGCAAUUAAAAUUCAGGGACAAAUUGCCUGUUUAUGCGCAGUCUCGGGGAGUAGAAUUGCUUGAAAGAAAUCUAUACUUGAAUUAUCAUGCCGGCACAUAUGACAACAGAAUAAGAUCUGUUAAUACAAAUCGUCCAUUUAUUCCAGAAUUUGAGUUACCAAAUGAAGAACAGAUAUAUCACUACGAACAAAUGAUGAUGAUGAGUAAUGAAAAAAUAGUUCUUACAAAUUUCCUAAAAAAUGAAUCAAACUCCUCUUCUAAGAUAUGUGCUGGCACCUCCAUAAGCAAGGAACAAGACAAUUUCGAAGAGCAAUAUGUUAAAAAUUCAAUUUUGAAAAAAUAUAUGCCACCAGAAAUUAUACCAUUUUACAAAAUAUGCUUUGAUGUGGCACGAGAUUCUGCGAUAAACACUAAGUGGAAGUUGUGGUUGAUCAAUAUGUUUUCAUCUGAACUCCGAUCUCAAAUUUGCCAAAUUUAUAUGUAUCUAAGAUUUCAUUACAACGAUUUCAUGCAAAAAGCUGAUGUUGGUGUUUUAAAAUCAUGUAAUAAAAUGAUGGCCAACGGAAAACCUAUUUCAGAGACUGAACUAUUUUACUAUACUAUCAGGGAUGAUUAUUUAAUGGCAAUGCAGAUUUUGCAAAUUCUGGUCUCGAUCAAUAGUGUGUUGCCUCAGAACCGCUCCUUUUCAAAGAUAAUCAAUGCAUUUAAGUUGUGGGAAAAUCAACUGCAAAAAAUGAGGACCAAUAUUAAUGUUUAUGAAUUAUCACCAUAUAAUAAAUCAGCAGAGAUGGAAGAACUUAUUAAAAUAUUGUCUAAAGUAUAUUUUGAUAUGUUACGCUAUUUAACCACUCUUUUCGAUUUGUUGUUGGAGAAAGAAUCGAGUGAGCAACAUAUUAAAGACGACUUGUUAUGCAGUCAAUGGUAUUUAAUGUUCAGAAAUAACACUGUUAAAGUUUAAUCUUGUUUCUAUGAAAACUAAUUUUUUUUUUUAAAUAUACUAAUAGUAUCAUUUUGUUCUAAGCCAUAUUAUGCAUAUAUUUAAUAAUUCAAAUUUGAUACCUUAAAACUAUAAAGGACCCUUUUUUCAUUUAAAUACUUCAUAAUUUAAGGCAUUUGUAAUUUUAUAAUAUUUUGUUUGUGAAUGUAUAAGAAAUAUGCAUUGAAAAGAGAUUUCCCAUGUUUUCUUUA